UCAGCGUCACCUCUCUGAUCCUGCAGUACCUUUCGCCAGGGAAAGUACUCGCAGGAGGAGGAGGAGGAGGAGGAGGAGAUGGCAAUAAGCGAGCUUGGAGGAGCUUACUUGGCGCCGUGCCGGCAGCCGCUGCUCCCUUGCUGGACGAGCGGGAGGAGCAAGUGGGGGUGGCCGAAGCAGCAGCGCCGGUUCUUGCGGUGCCACGCCGCGAGCCACCGUGGGGAGGCGGCGGCGGGGAAGGAGGCUUCCACUUACAAGUCCAGGAUCGCCACCGACAUUCCGCUUUACGAAUCUCCUGGGGCUUCGUUCGAUCGGUAUCUGGAAGACAAGCCCAGAGUGUUCCAAGCGAUCUUCCCUGAUAAUCGAAGGAGCCAACAGCUCAACGAGGAAGAGUGGAGAAUUCAGAUGCUGCCCAUACAAUUCCUAUUCCUGACCGUCCGGCCUGUAAUAGACAUGAGAUUGAGAUGCAAAUCAAGGGGGAGAGAUUAUCCGCCACAAAUUCCUCAAGAUGUUUCUAAAGUACUUGAACUUGAUAUUACACGGUGGGAGCUCCAAGGGCUGGACAGCAUUCUUCAGCCAUCUCAUUUUGCACUCGGUGUAAAAGGAGCACUUUAUCCAGAUAGACAUGGAACAAGGAACCGACUCAAAGGUCAGCUAGAGAUGAGCAUGAGCUUUGUCCUACCUCCAAUGCUUGCUCUGGUUCCAGCAGAUGUCCUCCAAAGUGUUGCAGAAUCAGUAUUGACGAGGCUGGUAGAGAACAUGAAGCACAAAGUUAAUGGCAGCUUACUUGCAGAUUAUAGCAAAUUCAAACGAGAGCAACCAAGGGAGCCGCUUUAGUCCAACCAUGACAGGGCAGUGAGCAUGCCUAAAGUGAAAGUUGAACGCAGUGCCCCACACCGGACAGACAGCCUGAAGAAUCUUUCUUACAUGCCAGGAUCAUUGCAUUUUCGCUAACUGAACUUCAUCAGUCCACUUACAUGUUGCCUUCAUACGGAUAUAGCAAAAUAUGGCUGACGUGUGAGAGCACCCCUGAAGCUCCAUGUAGCAAUAGUCAGAUGUAGGCAUUGCUGUCAGUCUCUCAAUCUUCAAGAAUUUCUUCACUUUUCACUAAUUAGGACAAGCCAAAUAGCUUAACUUUCAAAAUUGUAAGCUAUAUUGUAUUGGCAUGUUAUCUAAUUUGAGACGUGAACAAGAUCUGCAAAUUCAUAA